UCGCCCGAAGAUGUUAGUUUCUCGGAAGAUUAUCGUCCGCGCGACAUUACUGUGUGUAAUACAACAAAUGCAUCUCAAAAACGAAAGAGCAGCACGCCGGGUCCAGAGAUACAGCAAAAGCGGCGGUUGGCUGAAGACACGACUCUCUCGGAGCUCGAUACGUCGCUGUUUCAAUUCCGCGACCGUCGCACCGAAGUGCCAUCAGAGGUAGCUUCAGUGCAACCGGCUCGCAUGCUAGCCGACGGUGACACUAUGGAUUUAGUUGAUGAAGAGGCCGAAGAGGAGGCAAUGUUGCUGGCCGUGUCCGAUGCUGUGGAGACCAGCCAGAUACCUCGACCGAGCAGCACUGAAGUGUGCUUCUUCAAUACAGAGGAUGCGCCGCCCACACUAUUGCCGGAAGACAAUAACGAGGAGGAUGAGAGCAUACCUCAAUCUCCGGAACGCGAGCGCGGCCUUAGGGUGCGCACCAUCUUCUCUCGAUGUUUUCAAAAUACCUACGUACCGCGUGAGCCGUCGCCUAAUAGUCAGGUGUAUGCGCCCAAUUCGGACACAGAAGAUUAGCCUAUUUUGUUCGUUUAUUUAUAAGGAUUGUAUAAACGUAUGUACUUUCAUU